UACUGUCACUGUCAAUCUGUCAAUUGUCAAUGAAAAAAACCGGGUCGGAAAAUCCGGAAAACACAUCGCUUUUACAAAUAACGAACAGAAAAUAAAUAUGGGUAAGGAAAAAUCAAAAAAACGACGACGUUCCACUUCAUCAUCUGAGAGCAGCUCUAACUCGAGCAGUUCGGAAUCCUCUCACGAGAAGAAGAAACUCAAAAAGCUGAAAAAGAAAUUGAAAAGGGAACAAAAGAAAACGGAAAAGCUGUUAAAAAAGAAACUCAAAGAAGAGAAGAAAAAACUGAAAAAGAAACGUAGAAGUAACAGCGAGGGCAAAGACUCACAAGCUCAGGAAGCGACGGCGGAUAUUCCUAUCGAAUUGAUGGAAAAAUCAAAAGCCAUGGCUCCAAUGACCAAAGAGGAAUGGGAACAGCGUCAGAGUGUGGUCCGGAGGGUGAUGGACGAGGAAACUGGCAGAUACAGGUUAAUAAAAGGUGAUGGGGAGGUGAUAGAAGAGAUAGUGUCUAGAGACAGACACAAACAAAUCAACAGACAAGCAACUAAUGCAGACGGAAACUUCUUCCAGUCACAGAUGUUAGACAAGAAAAUGUUAUAAAUAAAAAAAUAUAUGCUUAUUUUUUAUCUUAAUGAAAAGGUAAUUAAAGGUAAGUUGGUAACUGUUUCUUGCUGAAAUAUGUGUACAAAAUAGCAAUAUCUUUGUUCAGGGAUGACUGUUAGUGAGUUUACCGUCUGAAAUUGUAUCCGAUUUGAACUGAGAUUUUUUUAGCUGAGAUAAGAUUUUACGUUUUUUGUAUAUAUCAUACUUGUAUACUAAUAUUUAUUAUUUAAGCACUGAAAGACUUAUAUCUAUGAUUCUUAUUAAAAAGAAAUUAACAGAUAUGUUAUCUUAACAGAUAUCUUAAUGUCCUUGCCUCAUGUAUAAAAUGUACAUAUAAAAUUUAAUGUUACUUUCAUUUGUAGUACAAAUAAUUUUAUUUAGUUAAUGUAAUCUAUUGUAGGUACAGUUUCUAAUUCUGUGUGAGUGAACAUUUUCAAGCUCUUUUUGUCAUAGAUUUGCGAGACUUUCUGACAUGUUUCUUCAAUUAUUUUUUUUGAAAAACCCCACUUUUCCAUUUCUCAAGGUCCAAUCCAUUUUUUAUGAAAAAGCAGUAAAAAUGCAAAUUAUAGGCAUAAAACUAAGUAAUUUUGUAGCAUGUAAGUAGAAUCCUACAUAAGUUAUAACGGUAAAUAUAUAUCUACUAACAUUAGCACAGCAAUGAACACAUUUAUGUUUGAUGUUUAUAAAAAUUAUAGUUGUAUGAUUAUUUCAUAUAAGAAUGUAUGUUGUUCCAAAUAGUAAUAAACAGUCACAGCUCAAAAUGUGUUUGAAUAUCUAUGUUUUUGUAUGUAUAAUCUGAGUUUACAUUAUUCUAGUUCAGCGGUAACCAGCAGUUUAAGCUUUAAAUGAUGCCUGACAAAUUAGCGGUGCUCACAAAGCAGUGUGU